AUGGAAUGGUCUCAGCAAAAAGUGCUAGUGCUUCUUGAAGUAUAUCAAAAAAGGGAGAUAUUGUGGAAACCAAGACACCCGUCGUACUAUAAUUCAAUUAAAAAGGAAGACGCUUGGCGAGAAAUAGCCGAGAUUUUAAAUGUAGAGGUUGAAGAAUUGAAAAAGAAAAUCGAAAGUCUUAAGGGCUCAUUCAGACGAGAGAGAAGUAGAGUAAAAAAAGGAACUGGUACAGGAAAAGGUUUUCAAAUUAAAGAAUUAAAUAAACACAAAUUACCUACUUACCGUGACGUUAUUAAUUUAUUUAUGUAUAAACAUUCGACUUUAAAAUUAACUAUACGUGAUAGUACUACCGAAGCUGUCAAUGAAUUAGAGGUUAUGUGGAAUAGAAUUGGAAUUUCUACGACACCGAAACGAAAUAGUAUUCGAAAGUUUGAAAAGUUUUAUAACGAAUACAAAGACAUUAAGAAACAGUAUUUUUCCAACAAUAACUCAGACAAUCAAAAGCACAAAGUUGAAAAUUUUGUUACUCAACUAAACAAAUUAUUUGAUAUUGCUGAUAAUAGUGAAGUUAAAAAUCUUUCAAGUGAUCUACAAUUAUUUUUAGAAGAAUGUCGUCAAAACGAUAGUAAUAAAUGUUUACCAUUAAUAUCUGAAUUAAACGAUAAUUCAAUUAUAUCUUCUGAUCAAUCAGUUUUACAGGAUGAACAGGAUAAAACACUAGAUGAUAAUAACAAUGUUGAUGUUGAAUUAAGAGGUGUCCCGAACGGAGGUAUAAAAUUUAGAGCUCCUGGCGCUAUGCACCAUGCUCGUUGGCUAUCAAAAGCUCUAUACAGUUUAAAAAUAUAUAUGUUCAGAAAACAAUUUCACAUCAACCCUUCAGAGUUACGUGCUUUACGAGAAGUUUGCGUAUUUAUUGUUUUGUUUUACGUUGAAGCAUGGUUCGUAGCAACCAGUGCUAUUGAAGCUCCUUAUCAUGACUUAAAAUUAUUUCAAAAUUUAUUGGAGCACAAAAAUCAUCAUCCAAAAGUUGCCGAAGCUGCUUUAGAAAAACUUUCUAAACAUUUAGGGCUCAAUACUAAAGGUUGCAUCCAUCCCAUUUAG